AUGAAAUUGAUAAAUUACAUUUUUUUAUCAACUACAAUUUUCCUUUAUUAUUUCCCUAAUUAUGUAAUUGGUCAUGGUGGUAUUGAUGACGGCGAUGGGGGAAGCACCAAUAGUGGUAAGGAAGCACCUUCUGUAUUCAUUGAUGACAAUCAAAAUAAUGGUAUACUAGCAAGUGGUAAUGUUGGACUUGGAUUUGGAUUGACUGUGAUGGCAGCGCUUUCGUCAGCUCUGGGAUCGAUGAUACCAUUUCUUGAUUUGGUAUUUCCCUUAAUCCCAUUUCUAAAAGAUUUUCGAAUCACUAAUUCAAAAGGAUUCCUUGCUGGCUCCUUGUCAUUCUCAUCCGGUGUCUUGUUAUUUCUUACUCUAGGUGAUUUAUUUACCGAGGCUAUUCAUAAUUUCGCUGAUUCAAAGUUGUUUGAUAAAAAAUUCGCUUAUUUGGUGACAGUUGCUGUUUUCAUCGGGACAGUUUUGAUUAUUAUGCUGUUCAAAUCUUCUUUAAUAUACAUAAGAAAAAAACAAAAAAUUGUGUGUUAUUGUGAUCCGAAAGCAACUGAAUGUCGAUGCGAUGUUAGUGAGCAUGGUAAUCUUGCAAUAGAUGGAUUAUGUGCUUGUUUUGAGAAAGUCGAACCUUAUGAAGCAAAAAAAUUAAAAAAUCUUGGUAUUCAAAUUGCUAUCUCCCUAGCAGUCCAUAAUUUUCCCGAAGGUUUAGCAACAUUUGCAACAACAAUCACUUCAGCUCGUAUCGGUAUAUUGUUCGGAAUAGCACUUGCAUUCCAUAAAAUACCCGAAGGAUUUAUGAUUGCAUUACCAAUAUAUUAUUCAACGAAAUCAGCGUGGAAAUCUUUUAUAGUCGCAUCAUCAGUUGGUAUGCUUUCACAAUUGUUAGGCGCGGUAUUUGGUUAUUUGUUGUUUGUCACGUUUUGGAAUUCGGCAGUAUCUGGAUUUUUGUUUGCUAGUGUGAAUGGAACAUUGUUAUACACCAUCUUUCAUAGCAUGAUGCCUUUGGCUCGUCGUUAUGAUCCGAGUGAUCAGUAUUGCACAUAUUGGUUCUUUGGUGGUUUGUUCUUUUUCUCUACAGUUGCCUCUUUAUUUUCUAUAGGUGGUUAA